AUGAGACCCAGUGUUAGGCCGCGUUGUUUUGCAAACAAGACCUCAAUUAAAACACAGCAGCAGCCAACACCAUCCCUCGUUAUCUCCCACCCAUUGGAGUCCCCAGUGACUCCUGUCGGCUCGUCCUCCAUACCAGGAAGACGACUCCCCCAACCACCUCAUGCUUCUGGACGCCGUCCUUCUGCUUCCUCCGCGUCUGGCAGCGGCGGCCGCCGUCGAGGGCGGUGCCUUCCGGCCGUCCUCCGUGUCCAUCUUCCGUUCGGUGCCGCAACAGGUCAAGGUCAACCGCGCCCGGUGCUUGCCGCAGCGUCCGUGCCCACCAAGACCUGCGUCGAUGAGGUGCACAUAUACAGCCUUGCCGACAACGGGCAGAAGCAAAACAAUUACAGGCCAGGGGCCGGAGAGCAGAGAGAGAGAGAGCUAAGGCUUGGCCGAAGCCGCCAACUGUUCGCCACCCAUUCUUCCUGUCGACCCAAUACUUGUAGAGUCCUCCAAUCCCAGGCCGCCAGCUCACUUGUGGGCCCACGUACUUGCUGGAUAACGAGUGCUCUCCUGUCGAUCACGGCGUUCACGCACUGCCGCUGCAGAUGGUUCCUUGUUGGCAGGGCCAAAUAUAAUCAUUCUACAAGGCAGUGGUUCAUCACAAACAAAUGUACUAUGCCUGACUGGUCUUUUCGGCCUGCCAAUACUAAUUCAUAUGAGGAUGUUUUGCUCUAUAUUGCACCCCUAUAUUUAGACGAAACUUAUUUCACUUCAACACUGAAUUCUAAUGGAAUUGUAUGGUGUGAGCCUAGAUUGCUCUAGCUAUUUAUGUCUGAUUGGUCUUUGUUUCUAACUAUAUAAGAGCUUUUUGUUUAUCUCUAUUUUAAAAUAUGUAUAGAAUUUUAAUUUGCUCUAGAUUGCUAUCUCUAUUUCAAAAUAUGUAUAGCAUUUUAAUUUGCUCUAGAUUGCUCCCCUGCUCUUAACAAUACAAAUUCGGUUCAGUUUGUCAUGUAUUGCAUUUGGUUUUUUCCUCUUCAUUGUACUUGCCAACACCUAUUCGUGCAUUUGAGAUCAGGUAUAAAUUAGCAGCCUUAACUUUGUCCAACUAUAUUAUGUUAAUAUGUAUUGGCUCACUGCAUACCGUGCUGAUGCCAGGUUCGUCGAUACAUCAGUCUUCUAUCUUAAACUGCAUCCAUGAUAUAAUAUUAGUUACCUGAUAGAACGUGAAUCAAUUUGGCUUCCAGCUAUCUGAAUUGUGUACUAUUACUCCGCACUUCCCUGCUACACAUGUAUCUGAAUACUAGCUGUGCAUUGGAGCAGCACAGCAGUGGCAGAUGAUUUGAGUAUUAGUUCAUGAGGUAAGAUUUUGUAAGCAAGACAUUACGUUUUUGUUUUUCUCAAGCAGAUGAUUUGAGUGUUGUUCAGCUAAAUAUUUAUCUGCUUUGAGAGUCCUACAGUGUCUUCCUCCUUUCCUCCGGGGCGGCGCUGGGACGCGGCGGAACGGAGC